AUGCAAUAUAUUACACCCGUGCUACUAAUCCUCAUUGCAUCCCCAAAAUAUACCUCCGAGGACUUCGUAUCUUGUCCUGCUGUUUGCGAUUGCUCUGAGUGGAAGAUCUACACAAUUUCGUGCUUUGAUAUUGAUGUAAUGCCGUCAUUUCCUGCGAGCACUGAGACACUGUGGCUACUGGAGACACAACUGACAACUGUUCCACAUGAUGCCUUUGUGAACAUGGUCAACAUUUCGAGGAUAUACAUAUCAGAGGAUGCAAUAUUGAAGAGCCUGGAGAGACAUUCUUUUUACAAUCUAAAGAAAGUCACCCACAUAGAAAUGAGAAAUACUAGGAGUCUGACAUACAUCGACCCAGAGGCAUUUAAAGAGCUACCAAACCUGCAGUACUUGGGGAUUUUCAACACAGGGCUCACAGUAUUCCCUGACCUGACCAAGAUCAACUCUGAUGAUGUGAACUUCAUACUUGAAAUUGUUGAUCAUCCCUACAUAACAACGAUACCAGCUAACUCUUUCCAUGGAAUUACAAAUGAUAUCUUGACUGUGAUGUUGUACAGCAAUGGUUUUACUGAAAUCCAAGCACAUGCCUUCAAUGGUUCAAAACUUGAUGCUGUGUACCUUCACAGAAAUGAGAAUUUGACCAGAAUCGAUAAGAAGACUUUUGCUGGAGUGAUCAGUGGACCAGUUCAUCUUGAUGUUUCCUUAUCAAGUGUUACCUCCUUGCCAAUAAUUGGCCUCGAGUCCCUUCGAGAACUCGUGUUGAGGAAUACAUGGACCCUGAAGAAACUUCCACCAAUCAAGACCUUUCAGCAUCUAAUGAAUGCAGACCUCACCUACCCCAGUCACUGCUGUGGAUUAAAGAACUUAAAGAAAAAGAAAGGAUACAUGGAAUAUGUUAUCUGCAACCUGUCCACCUACUAUGACCAACAUCAGGAGGAAUCAAUGAGCACUUUUCAAGUUCUGUCUUCUCAAGACUAUGCAGAAGGAGACACUAACCAUUUGGAGGACGCGUUCAGAGAAAACUAUGACCAUCACGAUUUCCACAGCAACUUCCAUUUACACAGCUGGCAGCUGAACAACCCGGGCUUCGAAGACACUGCGAAAAACACGCAGGACUCUAGACAGCACUUCGACAGCAAGUACGACUACCUAAUGUGCGAUGAGAGCGAGGAGAUUGUCUGCGCACCUGCACCGGACGAGUUCAGCCCCUGCGAGGACAUCAUGGGCUCCAGCUUCCUGCGUGUGUCUGUGUGGUUCGUCAGCCUGCUGGCUAUCCUGGGGAACCUGUUUGUCCUACUGAUCCUGUUCACCAGCCACUAUAAGCUGUCAGUCUCUCGCUUCCUAAUAUGCAACUUGGCUUUCGCCGACCUGUGCAUGGGGAUAUACCUCAUACUGAUUGCUUCAGUAGACCUCCAUACAAAGUCCAAGUACUACAACCACGCCAUAGACUGGCAGACAGGCCCAGGAUGCGAUUUGGCCGGCUUUUUAACUGUCUUUUCCAGUGAGCUGUCGGUCUACACACUGACUGUCAUCACAUUAGAGCGCUGGUACACUAUCUCCUAUGCCAUGCAGCUGGACCGCAAGAUCCGCAUCCGCCAUAUCUCCAUGGUUAUGUUGGGAGGCUGGCUUUUCUGCAUUCUGCUAGCUGCGUUACCUUUGGUGGGCGUCAGCAGCUACCACAAGGUUAGCAUCUGUGUGCCCAUGGACAACACCUCUACCAUUGCCAACGUCUACAUUGUCUUUGUUCUGGUCUUCAACAUCCUUGCAUUCAUGAUCAUUUGCGCAUCUUAUGUCAAGAUCUACUGCAUGGUGCAAAAUCCGCACUACAGUUCGAGGAGCGAUAGCAUUAACAUAGCCAGGCGCAUGGCCAUUCUCAUAUUCACCAAUUUUUUCUGCAUUGCACCCAUCUCCUUUUUUGCCUUGUCAGCUGUGCUUGACAAGCCCCUCAUCACGGUCUCCAGCUCCAAGAUCCUGCUGGUCCUCCUUUAUCCACUCAACUCUUGUGCCAACCCCUUCCUCUACGCUAUCUUCACCAAGGCCUUCCAUAGCGACGUCUUCAUCUUGCUCAGCAAGAUUGGCUUCUGCAAGCAACAAGCCCAGCUCUUCCGUGGCCAAACCAUGUCCACUGUGUACAGCAGCGUUUGCCAGAGGAAACAGAAGGAAAGCACAAGGGAGACGUUCAUCCACCUGCAGGAGUACUCCGGUCAUAUGUCCAUUAAUCAACAGCCACACAGGGAUAACUACUGA